AUGGCUGGCAGAGCCAAAGCAAGUGCCCCGAAACGCCCAUUUCGAAACCAGAAGAAGCAGACAACUUUACAGUUCUCGCCGCUCCCUUCGUCCUCCCCGGGGAAAGACAAUUAUGGCAAAGCAGUGCAAGACCGACUAGUGAGUGCCAGAUACGGGACCGACAGAGGCUUGCCACAUAAUAUAAAUGAUGCUCGAAGUGAAACGGGAGAGACACAAACUCUACCCACACCGGAACCCUCCUCUCAAUUGCAGAAUGAAGAUCAGAGUGAGUCUCAAAUGAUCGACGACCCUGUUGAGAGACAUGAAGUUAACCGGAACUGUCUAGGAGCUACCCUGACACCCCUUCACACCUCAUCCCCUUCUUCACCUGUUCGAACACAGAUAGAUGAUGAGUCGGAUGAAGAUGAUCUUAUUUCAUCUGUUCAAAAGAGACGCAAGAUAUUAUCAGCCAUGUCUUCGGGGCCGGCAUUCAGCUCUACAAGACGAUCGGCGCGGCUGCACCCAGGCUCGCCAUCGCAACGUGAUGAACAAAACUCACCAUUGACGAGGCGAUCUGGGAGGUUGCGACGCAAAUCAAUACCACGAUAUGUGCAGUCCAGUCCAUCAGAUUCUUCGCAUACCGUUGCCUCAGUGGAGAUCCGAACCCCUACACGUCAGCCAUCGUCUAGGUUCUCUGAUAUUGGAUCGCCGGAAAGUAGCGAUGAAGGAGAUGCUAUAAUGGCGUCCAGGCCAACCGCUUCAAGACGCAAGUCCAGCGCUACGAAGAAGGAUCCUUUCAUAGUUAAUGAUGACGAAAUACAAUAUGUUUCAGACGACGAAGUCCCCCAUCCCAGAACAAGAAGGGGACGAAAGAAGAUACGUGGGGACGUUUUCGUUGUCGACGACGGUGAAGUAGAAUAUCUUUCUGAUGAUGAUGAUGACGCCGUGAAGGAACAACCAAGGAAAUCUCGCAAAUUUUCUACAAGCCACAAGUCACCAAGAACCCCUCGCCGGAGGAGUAAAGAAGAACAAGACGAACUUGAUGAGGAUUUGCGAGACUUACAAAAUUCCGACCAGGAGGGCAGUGUAAUCCAGACUCGCACGAGAGGUGGCCCUGUGACGACCCAACGUGACGAGGCAAGAGAGCAUUUUGACCUUUUAAAGAGGCGGCGAGCGGGAGAAAAAAUACCGCGCGUCGAGGAUUCAGAAGAAGAGGAAGAAAUUUCAGACGCUGGUGCAGAUAUAGAUUUCAUUCGGUAUCCACGCUAUGAUGUCUCGGACCCAGGGUCGGCGCAUUCUUCCAUUGACACGGACCAAGAACCAGAGGACGAACAAGUUGGAGACGACGAGGACUUUGUCGUUGAGGACUCUACAGGCAGACUUGGUCGGCCCCACCCCGACAUCCCUUUACAAUUCACGUCCUUUGCUUCGGCAAAACCACGAGAACUUUUCCCUCAUAUUAUUGAAUGGCUGGUCAAGAACAAAAUUGCACCGGCCUUCUCCCGCAACGACGAAUUGUACAACCUUGCCUUUGAUCGUGUGGAUGAUCAAGUCAAAGCGCAAGCGGGGAGCCGACUAAUCUCGGCGGCAUGGGGGACAGAAUUUAAACGAGCCAUUCUGGCAAGACCGAACAUGAAAGUCAUGGCUCUACCAGGUUCUGCCGAAGAUAAUAUACGCGACUGUGAUGCAUGCAAUAGAACAAAUCAUCCCGCACAGUACGAGUUUGUCUUUUCAGGCCAACCAUAUUACAAAAAGACCCUAGAGCCUGUCGACAACUCGGACGAUGAUGAAGGAGACGGCUACGAUGACGAUGUCAGUCGUGACGAAAACGGCCAUGCCCUCCCCUCGCAGGACCAACGCUUCUACCUUGGCCGCUUCUGCGCCGCCAAUGCCGAAAUGGGCCAUAAAUUGACACACUGGAAAUACCAUCUGAACGACUCGUUGAUGACAUAUCUAGAUAUGCAGGGUGUCUUGUCUGCCGAGGCGAUUGUUGCGCGCGACAAGAUGAACAAGAAGAAACGCGAGCGGGAGGCAGAGAACAUUGUCGACAACAUGCAGGAGACGGGCGUCAUAGGCGAGUUCUGGGCCGAGUUCGAGAAUGAUCUCAACGACGCGAGGCUGGGUAUGGAAGACUACGACAAGAGGGGCUCUCGCCUCCAAAGGACGCGUUGGCGCCAUUAG